AUGUCUAUACCCCAACCUAUCAUCAGCCUAAGGCCCACUGAUGUUACCAUUCCCUCUAGUUUGGAUGAGAUUCUUCCUGAGGUUGACAUAUUGAGAAAGUUGCAGGAAGCUGAAAAGAAAAUAGACACUUAUACUAUAACAAAAUGGUUCGAAUUGCAAGAAUUAACCGCUAAACCUCAAAUCGAGCAUUUAGUAUUAAGAGUAUUUAUUUAUAAUUAUUGUGAAAAUCAACCAUGGCAAAUUGAUUUAAUUCAGGACCCCAAACUGAGACAACAAUUUGAAAAUUUAAAACCAUCCUGGACGUUAAGAGUUGAAGGUCGAGUAAUAGAUAAUGAAAAAAAUGAUGAUAUUAAAAAAAGAAGAUAUUUUAGCUCCUUAUUAACCGGAAUAGCCAUUGAUUUAUUUCCUAAGGAUGAAAAAUCUUUUACUGAACAAAAUGAUAAUAAAUCUUUGAUAAUUGAAUGGCAUGAAGAUGUUAAAAAAGUUGAUUUCGACGGUCUAGAUGUUCAAAGAAAUGGUUCUCAAAAUAUGAACUGCACAAUCACUUUACAACCAAAAGAGUUUCCCUUGAGAUAUAAAUUACCCGAUAAGUUAAUUGAGAUAUUGGGCUAUGAUGAAUUGAACCAACAUGACCUAGCCUUUGCAUUGUGGCAAUACAUUUCAAUAAAUGAUUUAGCUUCAAAUGCUAAUGAUAAAAAAUUUAUCAAAUGCGAUGAACCAUUAAAGGAUUUAUUAAACUGCGACUCUAUUCAAUUUCCUCAACUAUUACAAAACAUUGAAAAACUAUUAAAACCCGUUGAUCCAAUAAAGAUAAGUUAUCAAAUAAGGUGCGAUAAGUCUUCAACUUUAGGUGAAAAUGUUUACGACAUCGAUAUAUCCUUACCAAAACCGCAAAGUGAUUUACAAUCAGAAUUGGGUAAAGAAUUCCUUGAAUCAAGAAAAAUAUUUGGAAUGUAUGAAGACGACAUAAAAGAAUUGGACAAUAAGAUAAUGUUGGGAACUCAAGCUCUAAAUCAAUCAAAAUUAAAAUAUGACUUUUAUAAAAAAUUUUCUGAAGAUCCUAUAAAUUUCUUUAAAAACUUCCUAGAAUCUCAUUCAAAAGCUUUAAGAAUUCUAUGUGGUGAUGAAGGUUACACUGAAGAAAAUGUUAGAAGAAGUGACUUCUAUACUGAUGAGCUUUUAUCCGAUAAUAUUGACUUGUUACUUCAAACAAAAAAUUUAUAA